AUGACAUCAUCAAAGUCCUCGAAGGACCCUGGUGAACCUUUCUUCAAAAGAGACGACGAUGUAACCAAGAUCCCUGAGUUUCUACAAGAACUAGACUAUUGGUUCAGACUUGAAGAAAUCGAAGAUGAUUCCAAAAAGAUUGAUGAAUUAAUGCGAAGAGCUAGAGACAGUAUUAGUAUCAUUUGGGGAGAGAAUCUCUUGGACGAGAAUCCUGGAUUGAAACGACUAACCUAUGAUGAGGUUAGGCAAUCGUUCAUGGAGGCUCACGGGGUGUUCCUGUCCAACUGGCAGUUGUGGAGGAACUUCAGGUCGCUCAAACAGGAAGGAACCAUUGCCGACUACAUCAAAGCGUUCACAAAACAAGUGAGACUUUUCCCUCUGGACAGACCGGUGGCCGACCAUGUUUUAUUGGACCAUUUUGUAGAUGGACUGACGCAUUCGCUCUAUUUGGACGUAAUCAAACAGAACCCUCAAACUUGGAAGGAAGCACAGAGAUGUGCUGCUACGAUAAUGAAUAGUAGAAGAGGGGUAGUAGACGAUGAGGCGUCAGAACUCUCCAAGAAAAUCAAGGAGACAAGUAGCGGUCAAAGAUAUGACAAGCGGAAACCAAAAAAAAUCACGAAACCGGCAAAGUGCAGAACUUCGAACAAUCGAGAUUAUUUCAACUACAAACGUGUGUGCCAUAAUUGCAACAAACUGGGACAAUUCAGCAAAGCAUGUCCUGAUAAAAAAGAAUUAGAUAGUCGAGUUUCAUUCAUCAGAUCUGAAGAAUCUAAUCCCUUUAGUGCCCAAAGGAGAAAGGAGAAGCACAGAUUAAAAGUCGCUCCAAAAUUUGGGGAACGCAAGGACAUGGACUUGAAGGUCAAUCAAAACAAUCAUUUGUGGGCAGCGAUCGACACAGGGUCAUCAACAGCAUUCAAACAUGUUGACGUAGUUAAGAAGUUAAAACUCAAUACCCACUCUGUUCCCCUGUUUCGAUUCAAGGAAGCCAUUUCGCCACAUGUAGUUAAGACUAAUAGUGAUACAACGUUGACCAUCACGCAUAAGAAGAAAACGUUCAAAAUCAACUGGUUUGGCAACGAUCUGUCGGCUAUGGAAAAUGUCACAGGAUCGAUGGAGCACGAGAUAGAUCUUACGCCAGGUUCGCCGCUUCCAAGAAUACAGCGAUCAGAGCCUCCUCAUUUGAAAUGAAUCUAGGCUAUUGCCCGAAUUAACUAUUGCUUAGCCACGAGAUGGUCUGGAAAUGCAAGAAACACCAGUCGAAGACAACUCAUGGAACAAUUGCAGGCAACCACGUCGAGAGCUAAGGAAAUCUGAACCGAAAACCAGGUUGACAUGCAAACAUGAUAAGACCAAUGGAGGAGAGAAGUGGUCUUCAAAGUGGAAGAAUGGGGAUUACUGUGUAGAGAUUCCAUUUUUACAAGAACCCGUGGCAAAGAAUCAAAUAUGUGGAGGGCUUUACCACAUAAUGACGCAUACGAAUUGGAUAGUCCCGAUCACCUUAAGAAACAUAAGGUGAUUUAUUCCCAGUGGCUAAAAAAGUUCGUGCACCGAACUGAAGCAUAUUCGAAGGAAACAUCAACAUUGUCACUGCAUAAGUUAGUUCAAUGCUCAGAAAUUAGAGAGUUUAUUGGCUAUGACAUAUUGAAAAGAUUCACACCUGUAAGAUGACCGACAUUGUGCUAUACCAGGAGCAUGAAAUCUGCGCACAAAGGUGAGGAUAACUGAUAAGUGGAUUCCACAACUCCUGCUAGCACGCCGAAGAGGGAAAUGACAUGGAAUGACUAAAGACGGAUGACGAAAGGAUAGGCUAAAAUCGAAGGAACCACAGUGUGGAAGGUACAGAGAGAUUGAGAUGAGGAUAUUACAGUCUAUGUGAGGAGCGGAAGCUCAACAUGGAACCAAUAGAACGGGACUUGGAACAGGCAAAGUAAUAUAGCAUAGACAGAAGAUCAAGCAAGAUACAGGAAUAAGAACGACAUAUCAAACAGGAUUAGAGACCUUUUAUAGCUUCUUGUAGUUUGUGAUAAUCAUGCACGACAUUAUUCAAGAUAUAAGCUGAACUUAUGCGAUAACUUGAGAAAGGUGUGACAGCCGAGUUAUACGACAACGGAAUGUAUAAUAGACCUUAACCAAGUGCGCCAAGCUAAGCAUAGAUUAGCCAACAUGCCAGGGCAAAAACAUUAGAAGAACGGGCCAGACUUUUACGUUAAAUAGAGGAAUCGCUCUACAGUAUAUUAAAUUGAUAAUAAGGUCAACUUCAUCUUUGAAUAUAAGUUAACCCCCUCUUUGGAUAGAACCGACUAUAUUGAAUACUACAAACGAAUAGUAAGUUUGGUCUUUCUGUUCCGGAUCUUAGACCUAGGAUUAGUGCAUAAAGAUUGGUAGCGCCGCUUUAGUAGAACUCGGAAAAUGUCAAUUGAACGUUCGAUUAAUAACAUGGAUAUGGAUUUGGACGCGUUGAAGAUAGAGAGCAAGUUCUCGGGUGAUCCUUCAGGCGUUGAUGAAUUUCUAAGUCAAUUGGAACUACGCCUGAGUCUCCUGCCAUAUGCGGAUGAAAAUGUUACGUUCGCGGCAUUUGCAGUUAACCUAAAAGGCCAUGCAUCAUCAUGGCUAGCCAGAUACAGGAAAGACGCGUUAGCCAUGGGACGUGAUGACCUAUUGGAAUUUCAAACACUUAUCAAUGAGUUCAGAGAGACGUUCGGAGCACCGUCAAAUACUUUCAUUACUUGGGAAGAUUGGACGAUGUUGAGUCAGACUGGAACAGUAGAAGAAUAUUCGAAGAAAAGUUGGAAACUUUACCAUAUCGUGAGCCAGAAUUUGAAUCUUCCUGACAAGGCUGCUGCGUGUCAGUAUGUUUCAGGAUUAAAACCGGACAUUAAGAAAUACGUUAGAGCGCUAGAACCUUCCAAUUUAACGGAGGCUAUUGGGUUUGCAAAUUUCAAGUAUGGAUCAAGAUACGAUAAUCUUACAAACGAAGAAGGUUCAUCAAAACGUUAUAAUAAUUUUGGAACGACAAGGACGAGAUCGGAUGAAAUGGAAAUUGAUGCAAUUCGUACAUCCAGAGGUCAUAAGAAGCAUCAGACAGGAAAGAAGUUUGAUUCAGCUUAUUGCAAACGACACGAUCUAUGUUUUCGAUGCCAUAAACCAGGGCAUGCUAUGAAAGAUUGUCACCAUCGAAAGCCGAGUUCUAGCUCAAGUAGAAUCUAUUGAAUAAUGUGAGGAGCAUUGCGAAAUCUUGUCAAAUCGAUUUCAGACUACAUCAAAGGAGGGGUUUUUAAAUUCGAACCAGAUAUUAAAACUGGAAACAGGAGGGCGUUAAAAGCUGAAUUUUCCAGCCGUACUGUUAAAGGAUGUACUGGUAGACACAGGGUCCCAACAACAUUUGUACAUCGCAUGAUUGUUAAGAAUUUGGGGCUCAAGCAGUAUGAGGCUAUUUUCAAAGAAACAGCACUCACGGCCCAUGCCGCAACAGUUGAGUUUGGAUAUCAUAAAGAAACAGUAAGCAUUGACGCUUAUGUGACUAAAGAAUGUUGCAGAACUUCAAUAAUAAAGAACCUUAUCUUAGAAGAAUCUCCAGUAUUCCUAGAAGGUUAAAGAGGAAUCGGAAGAUCUAAAGAUGUGUUAGAGUUGCCAUUUAUCGUAUCGGAACACCUCAAGUUGAAAGUUGUUGAUGACUUAGGAUUGCUCGUGAUGAGAGUAAGUGAGAAAAGGCAAGCACAGAAUACAUUUUAGUUAUUACCAGAAUGGAUAACACAGAAGUAUGAGGAACCGGUGAGUAACUCGUUGCUCCCAAGGAAAGAAGGCGAUAUGUUAGUAAAGCACGAAAUCGUUAUAAAGAAAGGAGAACGAUUGCCUCAGGUGUAGCCAUAUUGAUCAACGCCAAAGUUGAAAAGAACAGUGCAUGAGCUUAUAGCGGAUCUGUCAAACAACGGGCUUUUUAAACCAUCUAAAGCUCCGUACAGCUCAGCUUUAUUUUUGGUCCGCAAGAGAGAUGGUAUCUACAGGAUGUGCAUAAAUUAUCGACGGCUGAACGCGAUUGCAGUAAAGGAUCCAUUCCCGUUACCCCACGUUGAGAGCUUGCCGACUCGAAUAGGUGACACGCAGAUAUUUUCAACGUUGGACGUGGGUAUCAUCAAAUACCGAUGCUUAAUAGAGACCAACAGAAAUAAGCUUUUGCUACACCAAAAGAGAAGUAAGAGCAAACCGAUAUGCUUUUUGGACCUGGUAAAUGCUCCAAGUACAUUCAAAAGAUACAUGGCUGACUUUUUUAGUGAGUUACCGCACGUUUGUGUUUAGUUGGAUGAUACAUUGGUCUUUCCAAGAACAAAAGAAGAACGUCACAACUACCUCGACAAAGUAUCAGGACUAUUGAAAAGAGAAAACCCUCUAGCCAAGAUGGAUAAAUGUAAAGUUAUUCAAAAGAUGGUUGAAUUUUUAGAAUAUGUUUUUGGCGCGAAUCGAGCCCUGCUAAUACAAGAGAAAAGCAUGGCGAUUAAAAAAUUCUCUCGAUCAAAGAAUAUAAAGAAGGCACAGAGAUUUUCAGGAAUGAUAAACUAUUUGAGGAAGUUCAUUCCUCAGUGUUCUAGGUUGGCAAGACCAAUUGUAGCCUUUACUACAAGUCAGGAAUCAUGGAGUAAAAUGCACAAUGUUGUCUUCAGACAAUUGAAGAAACAUCUUAAGGACUAGCCAAUGCUUGUGCCGUUUGAAGACACCACAGACAAUAGGCUUACGACGGAUGCGUCCAAGAAAGGAAUCGGUGCAAUAUUAGAGGAAGUUCAAGGAAAGGGUGUAAUCGGAAUAGUAGGAUUUUUUUCCAGGUCCUAGGAAAAAGCGCAGAAGAACUAUCCAGCAGGAGAAAUCGAGUCAUUUGGAGUUAUAUCAGCCCUUCAUCAUUUUAAAUAUGAAUUUCAAGGUAAGAAAUUCUUGUUGAGAACAGAUCACAGUAGUCUGUUAGCUCCGAAGAACAAAAAGGACCAAGCCGUAGGCUAGUAACUUGCUUAAUCUAAAUGAGUUAACACGAUUUUGAUUUUCAGUAUUCAACAAGAGAUAAGAAUGUGAGUAGCAGAUGCAAUAUGCAGAGCGGAGCAUGUGCAAGAGCUAGCCGCUUUACAAGUACUGCUGGUUGAUCCUGGUGGAUGGAAAGACGAGUAGGCAAAGGACGCGCUAUGCGUUGCUGCG